GUGACAGUUCAUUGACAGCCCCUCAGCUGGUACGGAACCGGAGGCAGCGUGCGGUUGCUUGGCUCAACCACUCAAAAUGCUCAGAAUUACGAUCCGGGCAGAAAUGGGAUCCCUUUGGAUUUUGUUCGGUGUCAUCUACUCCCAGUUCUUGGCCGUAUCCUCUGAUGACAUAGUUGUGGCAUGCGGUGGAUUCGUGAAAUCCGACGUUGAAAUCAAUUACUCUCUGAUCGAGAUUAAACUAUAUACCAAACAAGGAUCACUGAAAUAUCAAACGGAUUGUGCUCCAAUCAAUGGUUACUUCAUGAUCCCUCUCUAUGACAAGGGAGAUUUCGUUUUGAAGAUCGAGCCUCCGCUUGGGUGGAGCUUUGAGCCUACCAGUGUCGACCUGCAUGUGGAUGGAGUCAGUGACAUUUGUACGAAAGAAGAAGACAUCAAUUUUGUUUUUACGGGAUUCUCAGUGUCAGGAACGGUUCUGAGUAAGGGCCAUCUCAUGGGCCCAGCUGGCGUGGAAGUCAAACUCAGCCGAGCCGGAACAGGGGAGAAGCUCCAGAGUGUCACCACACAGCCUGGAGGAAAGUAUACCUUCUUUAAAGUACUACCAGGAAAGUAUGACAUCACAGCUUCUCAUCCUUCCUGGACUCUCGAACAGAGUACUACCUCAGUGCACGUCUCCAAUGCAAAUGCCCCGGCCGCUGACCAUCUGGUGGUUGGAGGCUACGAUGUCUCGGGGGAGGUCCGCAGUGAUGGAGAGCCCAUGAAAGAGGUCACCUUCCUGCUUUACUCAGCCACAGUCAAGAGAGAGGACAUAAGUGGUUGUAAUACUUCCCCAGUGGAGGGUGCAGAUUCUGGAGACAGCACGCUGGUAUACCUGUGCAGCGCUCUGUCCAGAGAUGAUGGUGUCUUUGUCUUUCCUUCGUUAGCCAGCGGCGAGUACACUGUGAUACCUUUCUACAGAGGAGAAAGGAUCACUUUUGAUGUUGCUCCUUCUAGGAUGAAUUUCAAGGUGGAACACAACAGCUUGAAACUAGAGCCCAUCUUCCGUGUGAUGGGCUUCUCUGUGACUGGCCGGGUUCUCAACAGUCCUGAUGGGGAAGGUGUGCCUGAUGCUACAGUCUACCUAAACAACCAGAUCAAGGUUGUCAGCAAAGAAGAUGGCUCUUUCCGGUUGGAGAACAUGACAGCUGGUACCUACACCAUCCGUGUCAACAAAGAGCUCAUGUUCUUCGAGCCAGUCACAGUGAAGAUCGCUCCUAAUACGCCUCAACUUCCUGAUAUCGUCACAGCAGGGUUCAGUGUUUGUGGCCAGAUCUCCAUCAGCCGCCUGCCUGAAGGCAUGAAGCAGCAAGGUCGCUACAAGGUCACUCUGACGCACAAGAGCACAGACAAGGCUUUCAUUCGGACUGUUGAAUCUGACCAUCAGGGGGCCUUCUGCUUUCAGGCCAAACCCGGAGACUACAGUGUCCAUGUAUCUCUGCCUGAAGCAGAGGUGAAAGCAGGCCUGGCUCUGCAGCCUCAGGCCCUGGACAUCUCCCUUGUGGAUCAACCACUCACAGACCUAGUUUUCACCCAGUUCAUGGCUUCUGUUUCUGGAAAGGUGUACUGUCUAGCUUCCUGUGACGACCUCUCUGUAACCCUGCAGCCAGCGAGUAGGCAGGGGGAGAGGAGGGCAGUGGCUCUGUCUGGGAGCAGCGACAUCCUCAGCUUCUCUUUUGACAACGUUUUGCCCGGGAAAUACAAAGUAAGUAUUUCUCACGAGGAGUGGUGCUGGAAACAUAAGUCAGUGGAGGUGGAGGUUCUGGAAUCGGACGUCUUGGGGGUGGAGUUCAGACAGAUUGGCUACAUCCUGCGCUGCUCCCUUUCCCAUGCCAUCACUUUGGAGUUCUUCCAAGAUGGCAGCAAACCUGAAAACGUUGGCGUGUACAACCUCUCUAAGGGAGUCAACCGCUUCUGCCUCUCCAAGCCUGGUGUUUACAAAGUCACCCCUCGCUCCUGCCACCAAUUUGAGCAGGACUUCUACACCUACGAUACUUCAGCCCCCAGCAUUCUGACCCUGACUGCAGUGCGGCAUCACAUGACAGGACUCAUCACCACCGACAAGACUCUAGACGUCACAGUCACGAUCAAGUCGUCCAUCGAGAGCGAGCCGGCGCUCGUGCUGGGUCCGCUGCGGAGCCUGGAGGAGCAGAGGCAGGAGCAGCAACUGCAGGAGAUCGAGCUGCGACGUCAGGAGCGAGAACGCCGUGCAGCUGAAGAGGAAGGAGGUGCCAGAGACGAUAGUCCUCCUAUCCAAGAAAAGGCUGAUGAACUGACAGGCCCUUUCCACUAUGAGUUCUCCUACUGGGCUAGGGCUGGUGAGAAGAUCACAGUGACUCCCUCCUCGAAGGAGCUGUUGUUCUACCCUCCUGAAGUAGAGGCAACUAUCACCGGAGAGUCGUGUCCAGGUCGGCUGGUGGACAUCACCGGUCGUGCAGGUCUUUUCUUAGAAGGCAAGGUGUCACCAGAGCUACAAGGUGUGGAAAUAUCUAUCACUGAGAGAGGCGCUGCUACACCACUCAUUACUGUGGCCACUAAUGAGAUGGGAGCAUACAGUGUGGGUCCGCUCCACAGUGACCGGCAGUACGACAUCAGUGCAAGUAAAGAAGGUUUCGUGCUGAGUCCCGUGGAGGGCACCCAGGGAGAUUUUAAGGCAUUUGCUUUGGCUGGCGUCACCUUCAAGAUCAAAUCGGAGGACGGUCAGCCUCUCGCCGGCGUGCUUCUUUCUCUGAGUGGGGGUCAGUUUCGCUCCAACCUUUUGACUCAAGACACUGGCAUCCUCACUUUCAAUAACUUGAGUCCUGGUCAGUACUACUUCAAGCCCAUGAUGAAGGAGUUCCGCUUUGAGCCGGCAUCUCAAAUGAUUACAGUGGAGGAGGGUGAAAACCUCAGUAUUGAUAUAACUGGAAUCAAAACUGCGUACAGCUGCUACGGAAUGGUGCAGUCUCUCAACGGGGAUGCAGAGUGGGACGUGGCUGUGGAGGCCGUGGGUCAGGGAGACUGUAGCCUCUACAGCGAGGACACGGUCACUGAUGAGGAGGGCCGAUUCAGACUCAGGGGUCUGCUGCCGGGUUGCAAAUAUCUCAUUCAACUGCGAGCUGAAGGCAACGACCACAUAGAGAGGGCCUUGCCGCAACACAGAGCUAUAGAGGUUGGCAGUAGUGACAUUGAAGGGGUCAACAUUAUCGCCUUCAGGCAGAUCAAUCAAUUUGACCUCAGUGGAAACAUCAUCACGUCUCCUGAACACCUUCCAACACUAUCAGUGAAAUUGUACAAGAGUGACAAUCUGGACAAUCCAAUCAACAGCGUCUCUCUGGGACAGUCCCUUUUCUUUCACUUCCCUCCUUUGGACAGAGAUGGCGAGAGCUACGUACUGAUGCUGUACUCCACACUGUCCCGUUCCCAAUAUGAUUUCACACUGCCUCAAGUCUCCUUCACUUCCACUGGCUACUACAAACAUGUCACUCUUACCUUCCACCCUACUCGUAAAGUGCCCGACCAGGAUGUUGCUCAGGGGUCUUACGUAGCUUUGCCGCUCACUCUACUUCUCCUCUUAGCGGCCUACAAUUAUGAGAAGGUGAUUCCCCUUUUGUUACAGUUGGGGAGCCGCAUCCAGGGAGUGAGGAGCAUGGCUCAAGCCAGCAGCGAAAGUGCUGCUAUGGAUGAAGCCAAACGUCAGGCCAAGAGACAGAAAGCCAGGCGAACAUGAGGUGCACAUUAAGCCACAUCUUCGUACACUAAACUGCCCGCUAGCAUCCGUGACCCCAGCAUCGGAAAGCAAUGGGUUACCAGGGUUACACUUCUUCAUUGUUACCAACCAAGUGCUGUGUGUGCUAGUGAACUUUUUAGCUUGCUAAGGUGUGUUUGAAACAGGGCCCAGGUGAAGCCCAACAUGAACCACUCAACACCCUUUACCACCACCACCACCUCCACCUCAUCUGCCACUUUGAUUCACUGGACCGAUAGCUGACAUUUUACAGACUGUUUUUUGUCCACAAUUAAUCUUAGUCUAAGAAAAUUGUUGAUAUUUGUAAUAGAAUAUGAGCCAUUUUUUAUAUUUGUAAUUUAUCCAGGUCAACAACAGCGUUUUGUGGGUUUUUUUGUUGUUGUUUUUUUUUAAAUGAGUACACUGCUUAUUUUAAUAGUCCUAACAAUGUUUGGGUCCGUGAGACAUUGUAUGCCUAUCAACACUGGGGCCAAGUCAUUGAAACGUGGCUUUAAUUUGAUAAAGUGUUAGCUUAAAGCAGCAGUUCUCAAACUUUUUUCCCUGGCAUGCCUCCAUUUAGAUGCCACACACACACACACUUUCUCAGCAUCAGCAAAGUUGAUUAUUUUACAUACCGUACAUAAAUUAUAGCCAUAAAGCUUAAUUUAACUUUGUAUUUUUCCCUGGGUCGUCCGCAACCCUCCUGCAGUGGAUUUAUGUCCCACCAGGGGGCCCCGCCCCAUAGUUUGAGAACCGCUGGCUUAAGGAUAUUUAAGGUUUCCAAACUAUGUGCUGGUUUUUUCACAAGCUUAAAAUGUUUUUAACUUGAUGUGUCCCCAUGGACUUGAUCUAAGACUGAACUGAGCCUUAUAAUCCCAUCACAAACAAGGGACUCUGUAACUUCCAGUUACAAAUGAAAGACAACCAAAGAUGUUAACGAGCUAAUAUGGUUGUUAGUCAAAUGACAUCACACAAUGUCAAUCACCAAUGAAAUACUGUAAUGCAUUCACUCCUGAUGGCAUUUUAUUAGGCGUUAAGUGUGAUGUUAGACUUUUUGACUCCUCCGUUUGCUCAGGUACAGGAUGCGGGAAAUUUUGGUUUGAAUACUGUGUUUUUGUUUUCUUUGAAGGAUGGGCUGCGGUGGCGGGGUAGGGAGUGAUAGGGCUAACUAAGAGUUGAUUAAUUUAUUAACAUGUUUAAUCGGAUGUGAACGAUAACCUAGUCUGAAUGCUAUGACGUGUUUUUUCAGAAGUGUGGUUGAUUUCAUUUUUUUCUCAUUUAUAUUCCAUAAGAUUAAAUAUGUGUGACAAGCUAAAUUAAAUUUCAGAAGACCCAUGUACUGAAUCGAAAAUGAAUAUCUACAAAGGGUCGUUCAUGACCUUUAGAUAAACUUGAUGAGGCAGGAUUGUGAUUUCAUAAGCUCAUUGUCUUACUGCAGAGCAGUUUAAUGCACUGUGAAAUCUAUGUACCCCAGCUCUUUUUUUCUGUAUUGAAUUCAUCUGAACUCAGCGGUGGCUGCCUUUUACAGAAAGAUGAAAAGGCCACUGACUAUUUACUGAGUUGAAAGAUAUUCCAAUUAGUCUACAUUCAGAAGUUGAUUACUUUGGUUGGGGUGGGAGACGGAAGAUGAGGGAGGUGGGGUGUAAUUGUCAUUUGUUCAGAAUCUGUUAAUUUUUCAGAUAAUCAAUAAAGUUUGACUGGAAUAAGA